AUGGUGCUGCCGCUGGUGAAGCUCGGCUCGCUCGCGUUCCGGACGCUGAGCAAGCCCAUCGCCGGCCGCCUCAAGCACCACGCCGGCGUCCACCCCAAGUUCCGCGGGUUCAUCAUCGGCCUCGCGCAGGCAAACCAUCGUUUAGCAACAAAUAUGCAGAGGCGACUUCAUGGACGUGCACUUGACAUUCACAUUCGGCCCCUGAAUGAGGAGAAAGCUAUUCAAUCUGCCGCAGAUCUUCUCGGUGAACUGUUCGUUUUCUCGGCCGCUUGUGCUGCCAUAAUCUAUGAGGUGCAAAGAAGUGCUAGGUCAGAAGCCAGAAAAGAAGAGAUCCGUAAGCAGGAACUGGAGGCGAUAAAGAAAAGGUUGGACGAACUCGACAUGGAAAAGCAGAUCAUGAUGCAGAAGCUUGAUGAGAUGGAGAUGCGGACAGGGGGUGGGGGGUGGGUUCUCCCAAGGCUCCUCAACUUCAGCCUUGCGCAGCCAGCAGCACAAGGUGGUGGUACUCAGCAACCCACAGCUGUUUAGCUGCCAUGGCAACGCUGCUUUCUGAAAUGACAUACGCAGAUUGCCUCUGUAGAAUGUAGUUAGCUACUUGCAUGACUCGAUCGUGUCGGUUCAAUGGGUGAAUGUCUUAGACUUCUGUAGCGCGUGAUGUGAAUAGUGUCCCGAGAGGUCUGGAGAGUUUUGGUGUGAUGUUGGAGCUGUUCAAUAGACGAUGAGAUCCUGAUCUUGAUAAGAUGCCUGGAAUUGUAGUCGCUUCGUGUUCAGAGUUCUGGUAUUUU